CCGUGUCCCACAUCCGGAAGGGUGGGAACCUGUCUUAAAGUUCUGCAAAUCACAUCAGUUCGCGUCAGCUUCAGGCGAUUUUGAGUGAUUUUCUUUCUUAAAGCGUUGAAAAGUUCCACGGCUUGUGAUUAAUAACCGGUGUUAAGUGUAGUAAGAUGGCGUGUGUUGGUUUGAUGUUGUUGUGUGCCACAGAUCACCUGUAGGACUUCACACGCCCGCACUUCUCCUGCCUGGAUUACGGCUGUUAUUGUGCCUCAUACCGCUGACACACCGCUCGUCUCUCACCGAAGUUGUCUGAAGUCUGCCACAAAUCACGGUGUACUUGAAUAAAUAUUUGUGAACCUAUUUUACUGGCACUUCUCCAGUCCGUUGAGAAGUUUACAGUUUGCACUAUUAAAGCCCUAAAUGCCAUGAGUGCCCAGCCAAGGAGAAUCCGUCUGAAGCCAUGGCUACUGGCCCAGGUGAACAGUGGGAAAUACCCUGGCCUCAAAUGGCUCAAUAAGGAGUGCCGCUUAUUUCAGAUACCAUGGAGACAUGCCACACGCCAUCUACCAACCCCUGAGGAGGAAAACACAAUAUUCAAGGCCUGGGCCCUGGAGACGGGGAAAUACCAGGAGGGUGUAGACGAGCCUGAUCCGGCCAAAUGGAAGGCAAACCUGCGAUGUGCACUCAACAAGAGCCGUGAGUUUAUACUGAAGUAUGAUGGUACCAAGGAGACGCCAAUGCAGCCUUACAAGCUUUAUGAGGUGUGCGAACUGCCAGCAAAUGGAGAUGAGUGUGACAAUGAUGAGGAAGAGCUACCAAAUUUUGCACACCUUUCCAUUAAUGCUUGUAUCACUGACCCUCCAAGCUACUCACCAUUCCUUACCAACCAAGAUACAUUCCCUCUUUCCAUCAUGGGACCUGGAUUUUCUGAUCACAGUCAAAUUGCUCCUACUGUGAAACAGGAGGAGCAUCUACUCAGGGAAGCUGUUCUAAAUGGACAUGGUCUGGGCACCAGGGUCAUGGCACCAGCUGCUCUUGCCCACACUGUUGAGAUGCCAGACACCAUGGUGGACAGUCCUAUGCCAGAGGUGAGGCCUGAAGUAGAGAGCCAAGUGCAGCCAUGCAUCUCUGACCUGCUGAGCAGUCCUCAUAUGCUGCCCUUAACAGACCUUGACAUUAAGUUCCAGUAUCGGGGACAGACCGUGGGCUCUAUGACCGUGAGUAAUCCUCAAGGCUGUCGGCUUUAUUCUGGUAAUUUGGCACCAACACCAGAGCAAGUGGAGCUGUUUGGGCCCAUCACACUACACCAGGUGCUGUUCCCUGGAACUGCAGGGAUCCAAAAUGAGAAACAGCGCUUCUACACUGAGCAUCUGCUAGACGUGAUGGACCGUGGCCUUAUCCUUGAGAUACAAGGCCAGGACAUCUACGCUGUACGAUUAUGCCAGUGCAAAGUAUUUUGGUCCGGGCCGGGAGUGCCUGAUGUGGGUCAGCCUAACCCAAUGGAAAGAGAGCGCAAGAUCAAUGUGUUCAGUCUCAAUAACUUCCUGCAGGGACUCAUCAUGUACCAGAAGGGUGAGGUGCCGACUCCCCCACCUUUUGAAAUUUACUUCUGCUUUGGGGAGGAUUGGCCUGACAGAAAACCCAAAGAGAAAAAGCUCAUAAUUGUCCAGGUCGUGCCUGUAGUGGCAAGGAUCCUGACUGAGAUGUUCUCCGGGGAGCUCUCAUGGUCCACAGACAGCAUCCGCCUCCAGAUCUCCAAUCCUGAUCUUAAAGACCAGACUGUUGAGCAGUUCAAAGAGCUCCACAGACUCUUGCAAAAUCAACAGGCCCAGGCCUCAUGGCACCAGAACAUCCACUAACAAUACUCAGGCACGUCAUCACGUGAUCCUGCUGAGGAGGAAUGUAGCUGCCAUGUAUGGUUUUAAAAGAGUGGAUCAGCAACAUUUGAACAUGACACAUUAGCUAAUUAAAGAAUCCCCCACAACAGUAAACAUUUGUCCUCAUUCUUAGAAUGAAUGUUGUCCCUUAGAUUUGUUUGUGGUAGUAGGUUGCUGUUCAGGGAAUAAUACCGAAAUGUUUACAACCCAAACUGCUUUGCAGAUUUCAUGAUGCACCAAGUAACAUGAUGACAGACAGACCGAGAGAGAGACAGAUCAUCAUCAUCAUUUUUUUCUAAAUAGGCCAUCAGAGAUGGAAUUAAUAAUAAUUCAAGAACAUUAAUAAUAAUGUCAAACAAAUUCCACUCAUGGUCCUUGUUUCCAUACCUGUAUUUACUUGCAGUGCAGUCCUACUAAAACGCUACCUUUGGCACCACCAGGGCUUAUUUAAUUGUUUGAAACUUGCAUCAAAUUGUUUUGUGCUAAAAUGUUUUAUUUUAAUUUUUAAAUUGCUUGGCUUUCAAUAAAUAACAUGAGACAA